AUGGCUCCUGCCCUGAUCGAAACCCCGCAAGACUCGGAGAGAAUCUACGUCAAAGACCAAGUCCAGGAAGGUUACAAGGAGGCCUUUGCCCAAGGUCCCAAGACAACAAACUAUGACAACGAAUUGAAAGGCGUUGGAAAGCACCCUCCAGCAAAGUAUCCACUCUACCUCCCAGUAUGGGACAACGAAAAGGAUAUUGGAGGAAAGUAUCCUCCCAACGAGCCCUUUGAGGCUUACGAACACGGAAGAGAUGCCGAUCCAUCAUUCAAGAACCUGUUCAAGGGAGCCACAUCAGUCGAGGACCUCACUGCAAACAUAGGAGCAGAGGUCAAGGGUAUCCAGCUGAGUAAACUCGACAAGGCCGGCAAGGAUGAGCUGGCCCUCUUCGUCGCACAAAAGAAAGUCGUCGAAGCUCAAGACUUUGCCGAAUACUUCGGCCCCUCACACAUUCACCCUGCCUCUGGCGCUCCAGAGGGCUUCCCAAAGGUCCAUCUGAUCCACAGAUCAGCAGCCGACACAACCGCCAAAGACUUCUUUGAGGAACGCACCAACAGUAUAACCUGGCACAGCGAUGUGACCUACGAGCAACAACCCCCAGGCACCACAUUCCUCUACAUCCUGGACGGGCCCUCUGCAGGCGGCGACACUUGCUUCGUCAACCAAGCAGAAGCCUACCGUAGACUGUCUCCAGAGUUCCAGAAGCGUCUGCAUGGGCUCAAAGCAAUUCAUUCUGCUCAUGAACAAGCGCAAAAUGCUCUUGCUCGCGGCAGCAUUGUACGACGUGAUCCUGUCGCCAACGCUCACCCUGUGGUCAGAACACACCCUGCCACUGGUGAAAAGGCUUUGUUCGUAAACCAGCAGUUCGUGAGACGUAUCGCAGGGUUCAAGAAGGAAGAGUCGGACUACUUGCUCAAAUUCCUUUACGACCACAUUGCGUACUCGCAGGACAUCCAGGCCAGGGUCAAGUGGGCUGCUGGAACCGUCAUUGUUUGGGAUAACCGUGUCACUGCUCACAACGGCCAACGGCGUCACUUGGCUCGUCUUACUCCUCAGGCCGAGGCGCCAUACGAGACUCCAUUCGAGGCGCCAAGCCAGUAG